UGGUAUGACCCAAACAAAACAAUCCACUACGCACCACUGCUAAUAAACUACUCACAGGUGCCAGAAGAAGCACGUCUUCGCAUAAUAGUCGUCGGCGCCGGCCUGAGCGGCAUAGCCGCCGCAAUCUCAGCCGCGCUAUCCGGCCACAAAGUCCAGGUAAUCGAGCAAGCCAAAGAGCUGGCAGAAGUCGGCGCAGGGCUACAAAUCACGCCCAACGCAUCACGACUGUUACAGUACUGGGAACUCCCAACAUCCAUAUGGGAAGCAGCAGCUGAACCAACAAAAGUCACCGUGCACCGUUACUCGGGCCAGAUCCUGGCACACGAGAGCGGGUUUGACCAGAAUAUCCGGCGCAAGUAUAAUGCGCCCUUUGUGGAUCUGCAUCGCGUCGAUUUGCAGCAGGCGCUGUUUGCGCGAGCACAGGAGCUGGGUGUUCGUUUUCAGCUCAAUGAGAAGGUUGAGCGGGUCGACUUUGAUUCGGUGACUGUGCACACCCUCGCUUGCAACCAGUAUGCCGGUGACUUGAUCAUCGCUGCCGAUGGGCUAUGGUCCAGGUGUCGUGAGGCUUUCAUGGGACAGAAGGAUGAACCGCUUCCGACGGGCGAUCUGGCGUAUCGGAUUGUCUUGACUGCUGACCAGAUCUCGGACCCGGAUCUUAGGGCGCUCGUUGAGAAUCCCGAGGUCCAUUUUUGGGUUGGGCCUGGGGCUCAUGCGGUGGCUUAUUCCAUUCGCGGCGGGAAGAUGUUUAAUAUUGUUUUGCUGGUACCAGACACCCUGCCGCCCGGAGUGUCGAGGCAGGCUGGGUCGGUGGACGAGAUGCGAGAGCUUUUCGUGGGCUGGGAUCCGAUCUUGAACCGGUUCCUGAACUAUGUUACCAGCGUCGACAAGUGGAGACUGAUGCAUCAUGGCGAAAUGGAGAAAUGGGUAAACGAUGCCUCAAAUCUUGUGUUUAUUGGAGACUCUUGUCACCCGAUGCUCCCAUACCUAGCCCAGGGCGCCAAUUCAUCCUUGGAAGAUGGCGCAGUGCUGGGUCUGCUAUUAGGGCAUAUGAAGAACAAAACACAGCUUCCUCACAUCUUACGGCUUUAUGAAAGCCUGCGAAAGUCGAGAGGAGAGGCCAUUGUUCGGGAGACAUUCAAGCAGCGACAUGAUUUCCAUAUGCGCGAUGGCGAGGAACAAAUAAAGAGAGACGAAAUCUUUCUCUCGCAGCUGGGUAAAGAUAUCAAAGGCGCAUUUCCCAGUCGAUGGACGUGCCCGGAGGUGCAGCCGUGGCUGUACGGAUAUGAUGCCAUUCAGGAAGUUGAGAAUGCCGUGGCGAGUCAUCCAAACUCAUUUGCCCAACGUUCUAGUCAGUGGUCGUCUUUUUGUCAGAUAUUAUAA